AUGUGCGAGCAAGUCUACAGCCACUACGCAGGGUGCAAUCACCUGUACCGGACGGACAUCCAGUGGUGCGCGGCGGCCCAGGCGCGGCCGAAGCCGCAGCGCGAGCCGUGCCAGCCCGCCAAGGAUCUGCCCAUGGUGCUGUCCAAGUGGGAGCGGGACAACGUGGGGCUGUGUGACCGGUGUCUGGAUCUGAAGCUGUACGGGUCCCUAGAACAUUUGAGGGAUGAAGCGGAGUUCGGGAUAGAGGCGGGUGAUGUAGAACCGGGUGGCAUAUAG